AUAAUUGCCCCAGGGCCUCGGGUGCCUAGUACAGUGCCUGCGCAGCGAGUGAGCCCGCUGCCGCUGAGGACCCCGGCUGCCUUUGCGUUGCCUGCACAAUAACACUGCUCAGCGAGCCUCCGGUAGAAGUUCUAAACAAAAUUCCGCCCGGUGAGCGGCGGGGAGCCCGGCGGCAGCAGGGAGACCCGGCCCGAGGGAGCGGGGAGCCCCGCCGCGCUCGCUAUGGAUCAGUGUGUGACGGUGGAGCGGGAGCUGGAGAAGGUGCUGCAGAAGUUCUCGGGCUACGGGCAGCUCUGCGAGCGGAGCCUGGAGGAGCUGAUCCAGUACGCGGGGGGGCUGCGCCGCGAGAUCCUGCAGAGCGAGAACCAAGAUGGAGCCUUGUCAGGGACAAUUUCCCUUGUUAUGACACAGUGCUGUAAAAGAAUAAAAGACACAGUUCAGAAAUUGGCCUCAGAUCAUAAAGACAUUCACAGCAGCGUUUCCCGAGUCGGAAAAGCCAUUGAUAAGAAUUUUGACUCCGACAUCAGCAGCGUGGGGAUAGAUGGCUGCUGGCAAGCUGACAGCCAGCGAAUUCUCAAUGAGGUGAUGGUAGAACAUUUUUUCCGACAAGGAAUGCUGGAUGUCGCUGAGGAGCUCUGUCAGGAAUCUGGUCUUUCUAUAGACCAAAGUCAAAAAGAACCAUUUGUGGAGUUAAAUCGAAUAUUGGAAGCAUUAAAAGUUAGAGUUUUGAGACCCGCAUUAGAGUGGGCAGUAUCUAACCGAGAAAUGCUUAUGGCCCAGAAUAGUUCCUUGGAAUUUAAACUACACAGGCUAUAUUUCAUUAGUUUAUUGAUGGGUGGAACAGUAAAUCAGAGAGAGGCAUUGCAAUAUGCUAAAAACUUUCAGCCGUUUGCUCUAAACCAUCAGAAAGAUAUUCAGGUUUUGAUGGGCAGCCUGGUGUACUUGAGACAGGGUAUAGAGAACUCUCCAUACGUUCAUCUACUAGAUGCAAACCAGUGGGCAGACAUCUGUGACAUCUUUACAAGGGACGCCUGUGCUCUGCUGGGUCUCUCGGUUGAAUCACCUCUGAGUGUUAGUUUUUCAGCAGGUUGUGUAGCAUUGCCAGCUUUAAUUAAUAUCAAAGCUGUGAUCGAACAAAGACAGUGCACUGGAGUUUGGAACCAGAAAGAUGAAUUGCCGAUUGAAGUGGACCUUGGUAAAAAGUGCUGGUAUCACUCAAUAUUUGCCUGUCCCAUUCUUCGUCAGCAAACAACAGAUAAUAAUCCACCUAUGAAACUGGUCUGUGGUCAUAUUAUAUCAAGAGACGCUCUGAAUAAAAUGUUUAAUGGCAGCAAAUUAAAAUGCCCCUAUUGUCCAAUGGAACAGAGCCCUGGAGAUGCCAAACAGAUAUUUUUCUGAAGAAAUGAUUCAAUAUGCAGUUUGUAAGUGACACUCUGAAUUACGGGUGCAUUUCAGAAGAAUUAAAAACACUUGUUCCAUUUUACGCAGCAGACUGAGGACUCCUGUGUUUGUAUAAGCUAAUGCUACAGAAACUUUGCCAACAUUUAGUAUAUACAUACAGAGUGGAAAUGCUACAGAAAUAAUAUUACCGUAGAGCUUUACUAUACUCUUGGUCUCCAUAUCUGAUCAAAUUACUACACCAGCAGUUGCCAUUCAAUGCAGGUUUUUGUACUUAAUUAUAUGGUGACUUUUUAAAGCAUAAACGGAUCACCUCCUCCCUCUUCUCCCCUCAAUAUGUUUAAUAUUUUUCAUCCUGCUAUUCUUCUGUCAUCCUGUUGAUAACUGUCACCCUAGGGAAUGUUUGUGGAAAAAGUUUUAUUUCCAGUAAUGUGUACAUAAUUCAAAGUAAAUACUUCCGAAAAAGUUUGAUAAGUUGACUAGUGUUAUAAAACUAAUUUUUUUUCCUGGGAAAAAAAAAGCUGUGAUAUAUUCUGAGUUUUCUUUCAAACAUUUUUUCAAUUUUUACAUAGAACUCAAAGUAAAUGUGCAUAUAUAUAUAUAUAUGUAUAUAUAUAUAAAAUAUAUAAAUAUAUAGCCCUGAGGGGCUAACUGUUAAAUUCCAUCACUAAUUUAUAAAAGUGGUGUAUGGAUAAAUUACUACUGGAAUGGAGUGGAAUAGGGAAUCCUGUUCCUUUUGCUUUCGUGAUCAAGAAAUGUUUGUGUAACAGAAUAUUCAAUAAAAUGGAGUUCUAAGUGGAAAUGCUUUUAGUCAAUGACACUUGCUCUUUGGCCUUUGUAGUCAUGUUCUUUGAACUUUGUAUUCAGGAUUAGGCUAUAAAUGUCAUGUUGCUGUAUAGUUUAAUAGACAUCGUGUGUUAUUUAUAAACGGUUAGCAAAGCCAAAUAAACGGUCAGAGUAUUCAUUGUUAAAUUGGGGGGAAAACACAACCCAUGUUCUGCUGCAAUCUACUGAUCACAAAUCUGCACCUUGCAGGAUUGGGCCCUACAUCCUCAUAUUAGAAGCUUGCAAAUUUUCUGUAGCUUGAAAACACUUUGCUUCUAGCCUUGCGUUUCGUACUAGACUGUUACUGCCAAUGCCACUUUUUCCUGCUCAGUUUGUUAUAUUGUUGACUAGGUGAAUUUGUACUCAUAAACCAGAUGUAGAUCAUGGCAGUUAAACCUUUUCUAGUGUGAAUAUAUUUGUAUUUAUUGCACUGUACUAUAGUAGGGCAAGCAGCCAUAUGGCAUGUUAAGAUACAUGUAAAAAUAUAUUUCUGUAUUGUGUAAUAAUCCCCCCCCAGCUUAGCUGAUUGAAUUCUGACACUGUUUGAAUGCACUAGUACAAUGCACGACAGAGAAGAACAUCACUGAGAAAUCUACAUUUUUGCAUCCCUGUUUCGUCUGAUUUAAGAGAUGGACUUGGGCUCAGUGGCAAUGGACACUCUGAGUGAGGCAAGAGGAGCAAACCAAGACACAUUAAACUUUGAAUAUGUGUUCAGUAUGUGUGUGGAAAAAAUAGAGCUGUGUGUGUGACUUUUUCUGCAAUUAAAUUGUAUUCAUACUGAGUUAAAAAAAACGAGGCUAAGUGGUGAAAUCAACAAUAAACGGGUGAGGAUAUUAUUUUUAAUGUA